GAUUCGAUGGGGAAUUUGUUUUCACGCAUAAAAAGCCCUUGCGAGAGUUCGCACGACGAGGAGGACAGUUCCGCACCGGUUGUGGCGGAUGACAUUGUCGUCCAAGUGCAGCCCGAAAGCGAUGCAAGUCACAAAGUCAACCAGGAAACCGUCACCGGAAAUGACCAAGAAGUUAUUGCCAAUGGCAACAGCAAGCCUGCUGACCAGGAUUCACUGUUCGUGAAUGACGAAGGGUCCGUCUAUGAAGUAGAUGCCGCCGGCUACGCGAAAGAGUCCAAUAAUGGAACCCAAAUAAAGCAAGGGUCAGAAGAGAAAGAGAUCGAAAUCCGAAUCCCGCUUCCGGUACUGCAGUCCACCGAGUCCGACCCGGGUUCCGAAGCGGAACUUUCCGAGCCGGAAACCAAGACCGCGGAAACGGAACCCGAGCCCGCACCCAAGGCGUCAGCUGCUGCUCCACAUGCCGGAGACCUCGUCAUCUCGUCACCUCCGGUAUUCCUGGCGACCGGGGACGACGUCACUGUCCAACUCGACGAUGACGUGCGUGACGCUGAUGUCGAUGAGCUGAAUGCAGCUGCCACCAAGAUCCAGGCCCACUACAAGGGCUUCCUGGCCAGGAAGGAAGUGGAUGAGAUCCGGAAGACUUCCGUUAGCCCGUCACUUCCUCCUACAGUCGACUGUACGGAUGUCCCGGAAGCUGAAAUAUCCGAGAAAUUGGCAGCAAAACCAGAAGACAACCUGCUGGAAGCAGAUUCCAAGCUUCAGAGCUCUGAAAAUAUUCCCUUACCAAAUAUCAAAGAUGAAAUUGCUGAAGUCAUUACAAGUUUUGAUGAUGAAGCAUUUCAGCUUGAAAAUCAGGCAGCUACGAAAAUCCAGGCUCAGUUCAAAGGCCACAAAGCGAGGAAAGAAGUCGAGGAGUUGAAAAGACGCUCCAAUGUUCCGAAAGAAACUGCUGUUGAUUCGGUUGCGGAAGUUGAACCCGCCGGGGAUUCUCAAGACCCAUCCACCACCAAUGAUGCAGAUUAUGUGCUGGAAAACCAAGCAGCCACAAAAAUUCAGGCUCAGUUCAAAGGCUACAAAGCCAGGAAAGAAGUGGAAGAGCUGAGAAAAAAGUCCAGCUUGCAUCAUUCACCACCAGCACCUGUUGCUGAUUCGGAUCGUGUCAUCGAAAAUUCCGAAAUCCUCGACGACUUUUCGGAAGCUGAGAACCAAGCAGCAACGAGAAUUCAAGCCCAGUUCAAGGGGCACAAAGUUCGCAAAGAAAUGCAAGAGGUGAAAGAAAAGGCUGCUGCCGAUCUCCUUGAAAUGGAGAACCAUGCAGCUACGAAAAUUCAAGCCCACUUCAAAGGUCACUUGGCCCGGAAGGAAAUCAACGAAAUCAAGGAAGGCAUCGCUGCUGCCUUGGAGCCCGAAGAACCCGAAAAGCAGGGUUCUCUAGUCGAAAAAGGAAUCGGAAAUCCGACCCCAGAAGAACCAGAACUCAUCAUCCAGGCUUCAGAAAGUCCUUCGUCAAUCGCAAUUGUUGAUGAAAUCAACGCUUUUGACGAAUUCACGGACGAGGAAAAUUUAGCCGCCACGAAAAUUCAAGCUCAUUUCAAGGGUCAUUUGGCACGGAAAAAUUUACUAGGACCUGAACUCGACAAAAACGUCAUUAUUGAAUCGCCAUCGAUGGAAAACGUGGUGGAAUUUACUGAUGAGGAGAAUCAAGCAGCAACAAAAAUUCAAGCUCAUUUCAAGGGUCAUUUGGCACGGAAAAAUUUACUAGAACCUGAACUCGACAAAAACGUCAUUAUUGAAUCACCAUCGAUAGAAAACGUGGUGGAAUUUACUGAUGAGGAGAAUCAAGCCGCAACGAAAAUUCAAGCUCAUUUCAAGGGUCAUUUGGCGAGGAAAAAUUUACUUGGACCUGAACUUGAUCAAGAAGUCGUGAUUGAAUCGCCAUCGACAGAAAAUGUGGAAUUUACUGCUGAGGAGAAUCAGGCCGCAACGAAAAUUCAAGCUCAUUACAAGGGUCACUUGACCCGAAAAAAUCUAUCCCCGAGUCCAAGCAGAUCAGAUCAAAUAAUUGACGCAGGAAAUACCUUUUCGCAUGUGAUGUCAGAAGAAAAGUUUCCUCAGAAUAAAAAAGAUAUUGAAAACACUUCUGAAUCGCUAAUGUACGAAGCCACACUUGCUGAAGCCAGGAACCUUGACUCUGAAAAUAUUGAGCCAAAAACGGCCAUUUUCCUUCUGGACGCUCAGGAUCACGCUAGUGAUGUUGAAGUGUCGAAAAGUUUUAUGAUGACUACUGGACCUGCUGGACUUCAGAAUGAUCUGCUCGCUGGAAAUGCCGGUGGAACAGAUUGCAAAACUGACCUUGCUUCCAAUUGCAUGGAUUCAGGAGUUGGUUUCGAAGGUCAAGAAUUCGCAGCGUUGGAAAAUCUACCUGAGGCGGAGGAAGCAGCCACGAAAAUCCAAGCCCGCUACCGUGGCUACAAAACCCGCAAAAAUCUUCAACACGGCCAGCACAGCAGUCGUCACCAAACCCACAAUAACAAGCACCGGCAUAACCUGCAUUGUGAGGACGACACUUCUUUGGACUUCGAGAUUGAACAGGCAGCCGUCAAGAUUCAGGCAGGCAUGCGAGGUUAUUUGACGCGCAAACGGCUCAAGGGCGGAAGGGUGAAAAGUGCUGGUGAUGGCAAACGCAGGGUUUCCCUGGGUGCCCAAGACAGGGCUGCAGCCAAGAUUCAAGCCGGUGUUCGUGGGUACAUGACUCGAAAGCGGAUCCGAAAAGAGCGGGAAGUUCAUUCCGGCGGGCAUCAUCAGAAAAGAGCGGCUGCUGAUGCUGGAAGCCAACAUGAUUCCGAUCCGAUGAAUUUGCUGUUGAAUGUCGAUGAGGCUUCCAUCAGCAACAGCAGCAGGGAUGCGGAAGAAUUAGCAGCAGCGAAAAUUCAAGCCGGUGUGCGAGGACAUCUCACUCGCAAACGCUUGAAGCAACAGCGCCAGCAUCAACGAAAGAGUCACGGCGCCGUCAGCAGUGUCGAUUGCAUCGACGGGACUACUGACGAUGAUUUUGAAAGCCGUCACGCGGCCACAAAAAUCCAGGCUCAGAUUCGAGGAUAUCUGACGCGAAAGCAGCUCAAAGCCCUAGCAACCGAGGCUGAAUCCGAUCAACUCGCAAAAGAUCCUUCCAACAAUAAUGAAAAGGAUUUAUUGAUCGCCGAUGAUGGCGACUUUCAUUCCGGAAAUUCAUCUGCUGUGGUCGAUGGAAAUAGAAAGCCGAUGCGCGAGGCGUCCAUUAUCCGGGGUACUCCAGUAUACCUAGCUUUUUUCUGUCUUUCUUUUGCUCGUGGCCUUUCCUCUCUGCUUCUUCCCGUGCUUGUACAAAAUAAACUCGUAGCCUCUGCUGCUUGCCGGAUGCAUGCGAAACAACCGCCUUCCGCUUCCCCACUGUCGUCGUCGACAUCGUCAUCCUUUUGUACGGAUGACGCUGACGACUCGGAAGCCGUCGACGUUGACGUGGACUUUUACGUGAGCUUCCGCGUCACCAUGACGGCCGCCGUCACGAAACGCCGCCCUACACCUGCUUUCCACCGCCCGACAGGCACCGUGGGAACCGACGCCGACGCCGACACCGCCGCCACCAAGAUCCAGAGCCGCUAUCGGGGCUACCAAACGCGGAAACGCGUGUCUGAGCAGCAACGCCAGCAUCGACAGGCCGCCACGAAAAUCCAGGCCCAUUACAGGGGCUACAGAACCCGGAAGAACAUGCUCAAUAAGGAUCAGGCGUCGGAGCCGGUGUCAUCGAACGUCGACGACGUCGAGCGGACUCCGGAUCCCGUCGAGAUCAACACGGAUGAUGGGAGGUUGACCGGAGCAACGAUGCCACGGGAAGAAUCAGGACAGCAAUUUGAUCAGGCAAUCAAUGAAAGAACCUCGUCACCGGUGGCAUCAGAUGCCAAUACUGGGGUCGUCGACGUCGACACCGACCAAGGCAAUGACGAAGAAGCUGCUGCUGCUGCAAUAAAAAUCCAGUCGCAUUACCGGGGUUCGCAAGAAUCCACGCAAUGUUCUCGGGGUAACAUUGAAAUGCAGUUGCUGUGUGUUCGAAGAUACUCUGGAACGAACGAACCCCGGAAGAAAACACUGGAAGAAAAAGAAAAAGGAAACUACCAUCAGAAAAACGAAAUGGUACGGUUGCAGAAGCGCGACAAAUGGUUCAGCAUAUUAGGUUUCGACGAGUACAUGCAGCGACCAGCUGCUGGUGGGGUUGAUCUC